AUGCCGUCAGCACCUGGGGAGAAGGAUCCACAAGUUACUCCGAGGCCUGCGACGGGGCCUCCUCUGGCUCUCACGCAUGUUAAUGCCACAGGAAGUCCUGCCAUAGACCCGAGGUUGGCGCAGCAGUCUUGGCCCGGCCAUGUAGUACUCCUGCGACCUUGUGCACCUUGGCCUCCUCAUGUGCCAGUCCCGCUGCUGCUUCCGCAGCAAAAUGUGGAUGCUAUGGCAGAUGUGGCUGCAGCAGAUGUUAAUCCUGCGAUCGAUAGCUGUGAUGAGAAGAUGUUGCCCAAGGUGAAUAUGUUGUUCGAUGGUGAAAGUGAUGCGUAUGAGUUCUACAAUGCAUAUGCGGAAAAGGUGGGCUUCUUUGUCCGAAGGUCAACGCUCUGGACAACGUCAAAGAAUAUAAUCACUAGGAGAACUUUUGUGUGCUCGAGAGAGGGUUUCCGGGAGAAGAAGAAGGGAGCAAAGGAAGCAAAGUGUCCACGCCCUGAAACACGAAUUGGAUGCCCAGCAAGCUUGACCAUUAGACUCACUGCUAAUGGAAAGUACCGUUUGACAGAGUUUGUGCCGAAUCACAACCAUCAGCUGGCAACGGCAUCUACAGUUCAUAUGCUGAAAGCAAAGAAAAUCAGGCGCAAAGCACGGGCUGUGAGAGAAAAUCUGGCAGAUGAUACUGUGAGUACACCAGAAUUUGAGAAUGAAGAUGAGGCAUAUGAAUUUUACAGCAUGUAUGCGGGGAAAAUUGGGUUCAGUGUGCGUAGGGCUAGCAUGACGGUGAAUACUGAGAAUGUUAUAACCAGAAGAAUGUUUGUUUGUUCAAAAGAAGGGUUCCGUGAGAAGAAAAGAGGAGCGAAAAGAGUAAAGAACCCUCGACCAGAAACGCGGACUGGCUGUCCGGCAUGUAUGGUCAUCAGGCUUGGAACUAAUGGCAAAUAUCAAGUCACAGAAUUUGUUACCUGCCACAAUCACCAGCUUGGGGCUGCAGCAGCUUCUGAUCUUGUCAUGGCAUCUGGGAGUACAGAAAAUGAUCAAGAUGAUGGAGUUGAUCAGGCACAUAGAUCACCCGAUGAUUCUGUUCACAAGCAAAAUCUGAUUAAUGGAAGUGGCACUCUAAAUUCCCUAGAAGGUAGAAGUUGCAAAAGAUACAAGUGUACAAAGACUCCACACUCAGGUGAUGUUGGUGCUACACUAGAGUACCUGCAAAAGGUGCAGCAUGAUAACCCUUCAUUCUUCUAUGCUGUAAAAUCUGAUGAGGAUGAGAACUUCACGAAUUUUUUCUGGGCAGAUUCAAAAUCUAUUGUGGACUUUUUCCAUUUUGGUGAUGUAGUAUGUUUUGAUUCAGGAUAUGCAUUGCAAGGCUAUGAUAGGCCAUUUGCUUUGUUUACAGGUGUGAAUCAUCAUAAGCAGACAGUUAUCUUUGGUGCUGCAAUUAUGUAUGAUGAAAGUAAAGAAGCUUUCAAAUGGUUAUUAGAUACUUUCAAGAUGGCAAUGAAUGGAACACAUCCCAAGACAUUGUUAACUGAUAGAUCUGUUGCCUUAAGUGAAGCUGUUGCAGCCACGUUGCCUGCUACGGCCCAUCGUUAUUGUGUGUGGCAAAUUUACCAAAAUGCUCUGCAGCAGCUGAGUCAAGCUUUCCAUGGUUCGAAAACUCUAGAAUGCAACUUCAAGAGAUGCCUAUUUGAUUGUGAGGAUGAGGAUGAGUUUGUGACAGCAUGGAAGGAAAUGUUGGAAAAGUAUGACCUAGAAGAUAAUCAAUGGCUAGAAGAUUUGUUCUCAAUAAAGGAGAAAUGGGCACUGGCAUAUGGCCGUGAUGCAUUUUAUGCUGAUAUGAAAAGUGUCCAGCAAAAGGAAAGUUUGACAAGUGAGCUGAAGAAACAUCUAUCCUUGGAAUGUGACCUUUUGAACUUCUUUGAGCAGUUUGAAAGACUGUUAUGUGAUCGUCGAUCUGCAGAGAUGGAGGCUGAUGUGAAUGCUAAUCAGAGUACAAAGAAGCCACCUUCUAUGCGAAUGUUAAGGCAAGCUGCCAAUGUAUAUACACCUUCUGCCUUUAAAAUGUUUGAGAGAGAAUUUGAAUUAUACAUGGAUUGCAUGCUCUACAUCUGUGGUGAGAUGGGCACAAUUUUCGAGUACAGAAUAAGUGUCGAGGACAAACCAAGAGAUCACUUUGUUAAAUUUGAUUCACUCAAUUCCAUGAUGAAUUGUACUUGUAAGACGUUUGAAUUUAUUGGCAUCCCAUGUCGCCAUAUGCUGAAGGUACUUGACACGAGGAAUAUCAAGGACCUUCCUAUUCAGUACAUCGUGAAAAGGUGGAGGAAGGAUGCCAAAUCAGGAUCCUCAAAUGGUGGUUGUGCUUUCUCAUUUGAUAGUGAUCCUGUUUCUGCUCACAUAAAACGUUAUAAUUUUUUGUGUCGUAUGUUCAGUAUAGCAGCGGCUAGAGCUGCAACUGCUGCUGAAUCAUUUGCAUAUAUGGAAAACCAGUCAAACAUACUGAUGGAUCAAAUAGAGCAAGUUAUUCAAACCAGGCCCCCUGACAUAGCUGAUCUUAUUGGUCCUAAUUGUGACAGAACUCAAAAUUCAGUUGACAAUAUUGUUGCUGAAGGCAUUCACAGUCAUACUAAUUUUCCUAAUGGCUGCACUGAUGGCUCUCUAACAUUUCCGUUCACAUUGGGUGCUGGCACAUUGGAUUACCGCUGA